UUAAACCCAAGAGGUACUUGUAAAUUUUUGGUUCGGGUCUGGAUCGGGUAUUUUUGGGUCGGUUCCGGUUCGGAUCUUCGGGGUGCAGGUUAAAAUGUCCAGGCCUACUUCCAUCUGUCGCAAAAAGGAAAAAUGAUUUCCCCCGAAGUAAAUGCGAAAACCGGAUCUUCAACAAAAGAUUCUUUCUUUGUAUUCGAGACUGAACCCGACCCGGAUCCGAGUUUCAGCAUUUGACCCAACUUCGGUGCUUGCUUCAAUUCGGCAACUCCGUCAACAAUUUUACCGGCACAUCUCAAAGCGUUCGUGAAAUUCGCAUGAAAUAGUUUUAAACAUUUUGUAUGCGUUGGCAGUCGGUGAAACGAUCCGACCCGGGGGAGUGGAAUCGGAUAUCAUCAUCAUCAGAAACUCUAAUCGAGAAGCAAUCAUGAAAUUAGGGUUUUUUUCGGGAGUGAAGGAUUGAUCCAUAGAAAGAAGAAGAAGAGGGGAUUGAUCCAUAGAACAAUCAUGUGGUUCUCUUUCUUAAGACCCAGAGAUCGAUUCUCCUUGCUCGAACUCAGGCAUCUGACUGAGCAGUUGACGAAAAUUCAGAUAGUGAACGAGACCAAUAAGGACUUGGUUGUGGAGGCACUGAGAUCAAUCGCGGAGAUAUUAACUUAUGGCGAUCAGCAUGACCCCUCUUUCUUUGAAUUUUUUAUGGAGAAGCAAGUCAUGGGAGAGUUUGUACGUAUACUGAGGGUUAGCAAAACAGUUGCAGUUUCUGUCCAGCUGUUGCAAACCAUGAGUAUUAUGAUCCAAAACCUCACUAGUGACCAAGCCAUCUACUACUUGUUCAGUAACGAAUAUGUAAACUAUUUGAUAACGUAUACAUUUGACUUCCAACAUGAAGAGCUUCUAUCUUACUACAUUUCCUUCCUAAGAGCUGUUAGUGGGAAACUCAACAGGCAUACAAUAUCGUUGCUUCUCAAGACUGAGAACGAUGUUGUAGUUUCUUUUCCCCUUUAUGUCCAAGGCAUUCAAUUUGCGUUUCAUGAAGAGAACAUGAUACGCACUGCAGUUCGUGCCCUGACUCUUAAUGUAUAUCACGUUGGCGAUGAAUCUGUGAAUGAUUAUGUAGUUAGUCAACCACACACCGAGUACUUUUCGAAAUUAGUUUCGUUUUUUCAAAAGCAAUGCAUGGAUCUAAGCGCAAUGGUGUUGAACACGCUAAAGAGUCCAUCCCCAGAAUCGGGUGGAAAACUGUUUUCUGCCGUUGAUGGGAUUGAGGACACCUUGUACUACUUUAGUGAUGUUAUCUCUGCUGGCAUACCUGACAUCGAGAGGCUUGUAACAGAUCACAUUCUGCAGCAUCUAACUCUCCCACUUCUUCUCCCCUCUCUAUGCUCUGAGGCUGUAAAUGAUAUAUCAGUCGAUCCUGUCACUUCUCUCUAUUUGCUUUGCUGCAUCCUUCGGAUAGUUAAAAUAAAAGAUUUGGCAAAUAUAACCGCUGCUAGUCUUUUCUGCCCUGUUAAGGCUUUCAUUUCAAGUUCGCUAGUAAAACCUAAUAGUAGCCUGGCUCCUGAACACCCUAGAUUUGGGAAUGGGCAUCCAGACAAUGGUGUUGUUGAGGAAGCAGAUCAACAGUGUUCAAGCACUGAAGUCUUGAAUGAGGAUGGAGAUUGCAAUGAAAAUACUACAAAAAGUACCUUCAACAAUUCGCAUAUUACAUUUAGGGAGACUUUACUUCAAUAUAUUUCUGAGGGGGAUGAUGUGCAAGCUCAGGGUUCCUUGUUUGUGCUAGCCACUUUGUUGCAGACAAAAGAACUUGAAGAGUCAGUGCUAGAUGCUUUCGGCAUUCUUCCUCAGCGUAAGCAGCACAAAAAACUUCUACUGCAAUCUUUGGUUGGGGAGGACUCUGGUGAAGAACAACUGUUUUCACCGCAAAAUGGAUCUAUGAGAGAUGGCUUAAGUAGCGAACUUGAUUGGUGUCUACGGAAGCUGGAGGAGCAGUUUGGAGUUUGCUGUUCAUUGCAUGGGGCUGCAAUGUGCCCCCGUGUACAUAGACAUCAGGUGGUGGAUGCAUUGGUGAGUCUUCUCUGCCGUGAAAACAUAUCUGCAGAAACAUUAUGGGAUGGAGGAUGGCUUUUACGCCAAUUGCUUCCUUAUAGCGAGGCAGAAUUUAAUCGUAAACAUCUCAAGAUACUGAAUGAUUCAUAUGAGAAAUGCAAAAAUGCACUAACCCAGGAGAUCAAAGGUACAUGGCCUGAUCUACUCAUCAGGGUACUGCUUGAUGAAUGGAAAAAAUGCAAAAAAGUGAUCGAAGCUCCAUCCCCUCAAAAAGAGCCUAAAUCUGUUAUUCUCCAGCUGGAUAGAUCCGCUUGUAAUGAAAACACUGUUAGCGAAUCAUCAUUCACAGCAGGUGAAAAAUUGUGCGAGGUGAUAAAGGUUUUUGUGCUUCUUCAUCAACUCAAGAUCUUCUCGCUUGGUAGGCCCUUGCCAGAGCAGCCUCCUAUCCAUCCUCCUGCCGACAGAUCUGAAACGUCUCGUGCCACAACUGCUGGUUUGGACCUUACGGUCCCCAAACCUGGCACCGAAGUGAAGCUAGUUGAUGCUGUACCCUGUAGGAUUGCGUUUGAAAGAGGCAAGGAGCGCAAUUUCUCGUUUCUAGCAUUAUCAUCAUCAUCUGGUGUGUCUGGGUGGAUUGUCCUUGCUGAAGAAUCACUUUUGAAGCCAGAUCAUGGAACCGUUCGUGUUACCGCACCUUUAGCCGGCUGCAAUCCUCGAAUAGAUGAAAAGCACCCAAAAUGGCUACACUUGAGAAUCCGACCAUCGACGUUACCUUUCUUAGAUCCAACAAAGCGAGGAGUCUAUGAGAAGCUCAAGUCAAAAGGUCUAGUAGACGGGAGAUGGACAUUAGCAUUCAGAGACGAUGACUCUUGUAGCUCUGCUUGCUCCAUGGUUGUACACGAGAUCGAUUUACAAUGCAGAGAGGUUGAAAGAAGGUUAAAGCCGUUGUUUGAUCUCGACAGAAACCACCUAGAUCAAUCAAACGUUACUUCACAUGCCUUCUCUUCAUCAACUUCCUCCAGCUGAUGUAAUUUUGCAUUGAAUUCUAAAUGAAUAUAUGAAUGUACUCUUAGAGCAGUUUCCAUGAUUCUUUUAUAUCUCUGCAAUUUUUUGUUUGUUUUGUUUUGUUUUGUUUAUUUUCUUCUUCCUCUUUGGAAUGGCUUUAAAUGUAAUAUCACGUGUAUAUUUGAAUCAAAUUUGUUACAGUUAAUCACUAUUAAGUUUCACUUGCCACC